AUGAAGACCCUGGCCAUUUACUCGUCUGUGGCGUUGCUCGCGACAUCUGUAUGUUCGUCAUGGGUUCCCACCCCACCAGCACUGCCUCAUUACUAUGCUUCAAGGGGGUUGAAUAGUGCUCUUCCACGAGCUGAGAAUUCGACAGGCUCAUGGCCUUAUGGGCCACUGAAAACACAGGGCAGACAUAUUGUCAACGCUCGGGGCGAUGUAAUAUCCUGGGCUGGUGUCAACUGGCCUAUGAGUGGAGAGUCAAUGAUCCCCGAGGGUCUCGAAUGGGCAUCUGUAGACGAUAUCUUGGACAUGAUCCAAAGUGUUGGGUUCAAUUUCAUCCGCAUGGGAUAUGCUAUACAGAUGGUCGACGAAAUCUACGAUCGAAACGGCGAGGACGUGCCUCUCGACGUAGCAAUGAUCAUGGCGGUUGGCUACGAAAACGGAACCAAAAUUACCAAUGAGAUAAUCAGUAAGAACCCCGGCUGGACGGCUCAAACCACUCGCUUCGAAAUUUGGUCCGAUAUCGCCGACGCUGCAUUGAAGAAAGGCAUUUUCAUUCAUCCCGAUGUUCACGUCGGCAAGGCCAUGUGGUGCUGCAGUCACGUUGAUGGCAACUCAUGGUUCGACGACUUGAACUUCAACGCAUCGGAGUGGCGUCGCGGUCUGGCAUACAUUGCCACUUGGGCUAAGGACCAUCCCAAUGUUGCCUCGAUGUCUCUACGCAACGAGCUCCGCGAGUCCUGGAAUGUCACCGAUCUGUACUACAACUGGCAGACCCUCAUCGGAAACAUGAGUGCCGGCGCAGACGCCAUCUACGAGGCCAACCCUGACCUAUUGAUCAGCUGGUCGGGCAUGCAGUAUGACCAAGACCUUUCUGCCCUCAUCUCCGGAAAGAACAUUCUCACAGCACCGUGCUACAAAUGCACCGCCAUACGCGACGCGUACCGCAGCGAGCCUGAGUAUUUCGACCUCGACAGCUACCCCUGGGCCGACAAGAUCGUCUGGGAGUUGCAUCUGUACGGCUCCAGCGAAGACGUUGACACGGGCACCUGCGAGAUCAUAGAAGCCGGUUUAUAUCGCAACGGGUUCAACGCGCUAGGAAUCGACGCUCCCUCCGGUUGCAAUAUCACGAGCGACUGCCCACCUGCGACGCGCCUCACGCCUGUUAUAUUGUCGGAGUUUGGGCACGCCCAGGCUUCGACACUGUAUAACGAUACGUUGCAGAACUGCCUGCAAGAGUAUACGAAGAAGCACGGCAUUAGCUGGGCCAUGUGGUCCCUGGCUGGCAGCUACAGGAUCAGGAGUGGGGUUCAAGGGCUGCAGGAUAUUUGGGGCCUUACGAACUUUGAGUGGAGUGGGUGGCUUGAUCCUGAUACUAUUGAGGGAUACUGGAAACCUUGGGUAGAGGCCAUGAACGUCACGACUUUGUAA